CUACGAUAACGUGGUGCAUUACAACCCAAAUAUCAGCUUACAGCGAGACUCACGUGGUCACAGUGACUGUCUGAACAGGAUGUGCUGUAUGUGACUGGGUGUGACUGGCUGUGAAGGAAGAAUAUUAACAUCGCUGGACUUCGACAAUGGCCGAGAAAAACCCACUUGCUUCCUUAGACAUCACUAACAUCAGGAUAGCGCCUGAACAUGGCAUCUCUGUCGUCGAGCGCCCCCUACACAGGCAUGCAAAAGCUGGUAAUCUGUCCGCCUUGCUGAGGUUACUGGAAGAAGGUGCUGACAUUAAUGAGACGGACGAGCAUGGUGACACAGCUCUUAUAAUGGCAGCGCAGUUUGGACACUGUAAAAUAAUGAUACCUCUAAUUGACAAUGGGGCUGAUGUUUCUCAUACCAAUAACCAUGAAGAAGAUGUGUUUCAGAUUGCUGUUAUUAUGUCAGAUCAGAUUGCUGUUUUGGAAACUCUUCUCAGUGCAGCACCACACGAUUCAGCAAAGGGCGAAUUUAAACCAGUGAUUCAGUCCAUUGCAUCUGCCUUAGCCAAAGCAGCUAGCCUGGGUUCGGUUGACAAAAUCGAGGUCUUCUUAAAAUCCAACCCAGGGUUGAAUAUUUGCGAUAACGAUGGAAAUACAAUCUUCCACUAUGCAGCAAAAGCAGACAGAGAAGAGGUCAUAGUGAGGUUCAGUCAACACUUUGACAUCAAUGUGCAAAACAAGAAAGACGGCGACACUCCUCUUCACGUGGCUUGUAAGCAAGGGCACAACGCGUCAAUAACAACGUUGCUGAAAGAGAGAGCGGAUCCGUGUCUUCAGAACAGGGAGGAGGACACAGUAUUGCAUUGUUUUGUAAGGGCAACAGCUGAAAACCAAGGACAGGCCGAUAGACAUGGGGAGGUGUUUGAUAUGCUGGUUGACAGGUGGACACGAUGGAGCAUGAUGAAAAACCUUGACGAAAACAAGAGAGAAGCAGUAAACAGAUUGAUCAGGGAGGAGAAAAACGGAAAACAAGAAAGCAUCAUGUCUCUGGCGUUUGAAGUGGGAGCUAUUGGAGUGAUCAGCAAGCUUCUAGUCUUACAGGAAAUCACCUUUACGAAAAAUUCUUCGUUUUCCAUCCAACAGUAUGACAUUACCAACGUCACACCCAUAACUAAAGGAUCAGAUACAUCAGGAAGGUCAUGCCUGGAGCUUCUUCUUGACCACAACUCCAAUGAAACCAUUGCUCACGUUCUUGAUCUUGAACCUCUGAAGAAGAUUGAGAAGAUGUACAGUUCAACCACGACAUUUAUAUAUCUUAUAGUCAUCUUCCUCCACGCGCUGUACAUGUCCUUGUUCAGCUAUUCCAGCACAGUCCUCAUGGACAAGCUGAGGACGUCACCUAGUGAUCAUUCCUUUGACACUGCUACCCUCAUCUUCUACAGCGUGGCACCACUCGAACCCAUAUGUUUCCUCCUUGCGUUAGUGCAUAGGUUCCAUUGUUCAAGGCAACCGUGGACUCGGUCCGGAUUUCAGGCACUAGGGACAUUUAUGCUUCAGUGUUUUUCCAUUAUCCAUCACGUCAUAUAUUCUCUAUUGGUGGCUGCGCUCCUUUACCAGUUUCAUGCUCUAGAACUGUACAGUAUGCACAACACGCUGUCCAUAACACUUCUGAUUGGAUGGUUGACCACACUUAGUUUCACUCAAGGCCUUAAACCAAUCCGAUUCUUCUGGAGGAUGAUCCUACAGAUGAUAAUGAUCGACGUCUACAAGAUCUUGUUUGUGUAUGCCUUUGUUCUUCUGAGUUUUUCGUUUGCCUUGCAUGUGCUUUUUCAGAUCUCCGCACCAAUCAUUGAAACUUAUCCAACUCCAUUUCACACAAUGUUCUUGGUAUUUAGACUCAUGUUUGGAAUGAGUGAGCUUUUUGAUGACAACUUUGAGAACAAUAUGAAAAAAGCUGGAGGUUCCCUUGCUCUACCAAUCAUCAUUUUCACCGUAUAUAUUGUUCUCGCUACUCUUAUCCUACUUAACAUUCUCAUUGCCAUGAUGAAUACGUCAUAUUCGCACAUUCUUACAAAUCUGAAACUUUCCCGGAGAAUUGAAACCUUCCAACGUUCGAUUCAACUUGAAAGAACUGUCCCUUUUCUGACAAAGCUUUUCAACAAAGCGCUUAUCAGAUGUGGCAAAUUUGAUAACCAAAAGAAACAGUUUGUAGAAGAGAAAGGCGGACGUUUGUGGUAUUUGCAGUUUCCACGAAGGUUGGAAAAGGAAACAAGAUUUACACAAAAGGCUCACAUGACCCUAGAGCAGAUGCUGACUCAAAGAAUUGAUGCCCUUGAUGACGACUUUAAGGGACACUUACAACUGAUACAGAAAACUUUAGAGAACAUUCAAAAGGAACUCGUUUCUAGACGAAUGAGUGUGUGAGCGGCUGUUGAUUUGUACCACAGACAGCAAAAUGCAGCUUAUCAAGGCAGAGUAGAUAAUACAGUCUACAUCAGACACGGGUUUGCCAUACACCAUGCCAUAAGCACUCAUGUUCGCUUGGGGGAAAGAGGACAGAAGCAGGCAGUUCACAGGUGUUAUUUCUACUGCUAAUUCGUUUGUAAAAGAUGGACGUGCCAAUAUAAGGUUCAUAAGGUUGGUUGGUUGGUUUGUUGUUUAACACCGCACUCAGCAAUAUUACAGCUAUUUGACGGCGGUCUGUAAAUAAUCGAGUCUGGCCCAGGCGAUCCAGUGAUUGAUAUCACGAGCAUCGAUC